GAAAUGAUAUGCGAUGCGCGUACGUGCGCCGGUUGCCGGUAUCUGGACCAGGACGAGCAGACGAACCUCGCGGUCUUCCUGGCCAACUGUCAACAUGCGAAAUGCAAGGUGGUUCGCCUGGUCCGUCAGCAAAUAAGUAAACUACAGAACAUGCAGCACGAACGCUACCUGGCCACUGGCAAAGUGCGUGAUGAAGUAUGCGAAGAGACGCAGAGCGAAAUGCCUAUUAACAUGAGCGAAGCAUCUUAUGAUAAAGUCCGUGAAUUCUACGGUGAAUUACACAAACCAUACAAUGAUGACAUAUACGAAGUAGAAGGCAAAGUACGACAGCCGCACGACGAAGAAUACGACGAAAUGUAUGAAGCGCAUGAAGCAGUUACGAAUGUAAAGCGGACUGUCGGAACGAUAAACGCGAUAGAGACCGCAUCCUUGCAUCGUGCGGCGUCUCCCGGGGGAGCGGUGGUGGACCGCAAGUGGAUGCUGCGGAUCCUAGAUCGCUUUCGUCAUCGAGCAUAUCUGAUCCUGUUGGCUGCUGCGGUGGGCAUGAUAGUCUGGUCCGCUCUGGUGUACGGUGUCUUCCUGGGUGCGACUGCUUGUGGAAGCGGUCGCACUUGCUUCGCGUCGACUCUUAGAUACAAGCAUGCUAAACGCUCGUUAUUUUAAGUCACACAUGUAUCAACCGUUCCUCUAUAAAUGGCGGUGAAAACUCCAAUUUUAUUAUAUCAUUUUAUUCAUAUCAUACUUAUCAGGUUACAUCCAGUAAACUGAGAUUUUUAAUGCCGUUUCUCUUUUAGAGACAUAGAACGAAGUUUCAAAUAUAUUCGAUAUGAUACGUAUACACACAUAUAUGC